AUGUACUUCGACGACCAUAAACACCUCAUACACCAGCCCCUCAGAGACGCAGGAGUUUGGAGGCCCCCACCAAGGGCCCUCCUGGAGGAAACGAUUCUGCAUGUCAUGAGGGAUACAAUUCUAUCCUUCGAUUCAGCAGCUUACAGACAAGUAAAGGGAACGGCAAUCGGAGCAUCAAGCAGUGUGGCUAUAGCGGAAAUCUUUGUUCACGUGGCCUUUGAGCACCAGAGAGCACUCCGCCCAGAUAAACAAGACAUGUACUUUCGUUAUAUUGAUGAUAUUUUCGGUAUAAUGACUGGACAAGACACACUCCUCCAGUCCUUCUACGCCUGGACAAAUACUGCCCACGAAAAUCUGAAGUUCACCUUGGAGCAGAGUAAAACAGAGAUAAACUUCCUGGAUACGACAGUGUUCAUUGGCACAGCCGGUGUUCCAGCUGCUAAUGUUCCGGCAGCCGAUGUUCCAGCUGCUAAUGUUCCAGCAGCCGGUGUUCCAGCUGCUAAUGUUCCGGCAGCCGAUGUUCCAGCUGCUAAUGUUCCAGCAGCCGGUGUUCCAGCUGCUAAUGUUCCGGCAGCCGAUGUUCCGGCUGCUAAUGUUCCAGCAGCCGAUGUUCCGGCUGCUAAUGUUCCAGCAGCCGGUGUUCCAGCUGCUAAUGUUCCGGCAGCCGAUGUUCCGGCUGCUAAUGUUCCAGCAGCCGGUGUUCCAGCUGCUAAUGUUCCGGCAGCCGAUGUUCCAGCUGCUAAUGUUCCAGCAGCCGAUGUUCCAGCUGCUAAUGUUCCAGCAGCCGGUGUUCCAGCUGCUAAUGUUCCAGCAGCCGGUGUUCCAGCUGCUAAUGUUCCAGCAGCCGGUGUUCCAGCUGCUAAUGUUCCGGCAGCCGGUGUUCCAGCUGCUAAUGUUCCGGCAGCCGGUGUUCCAGCUGCUAAUGUUCCGCCAGCCGGUGUUCCAGCUGCUAAUGUUCCGGCAGCCAGUGUUCCAGCUGCUAAUGUUCCGGCAGCCGGUGUUCCAGCUGCUAAUGUUCCAGCAGCCGGUGUUCCAGCUGCUAAUGUUCCGGCAGCCGGUGUUCCAGCUGCUAAUGUUCCGGCAGCCGGUGUUCCAGCUGCUAAUGUUCCAGCAGCCGAUGUUCCAGCUGCUAAUGUUCCAGCAGCCGGUGUUCCAGCUGCUAAUGUUCCAGCAGCCGGUGUUCCAGCUGCUAAUGUUCCGGCAGCCGGUGUUCCAGCUGCUAAUGUUCCGGCAGCCGGUGUUCCAGCUGCUAAUGUUCCGGCAGCCGGUGUUCCGCCAGCCGAUGUUCCAGCUGCUAAUGUUCCGGCAGCCGAUGUUCCAGCUGCUAAUGUUCCGGCAGCCGGUGUUCCAGCUGCUAAUGUUCCAGCAGCCGAUGUUCCAGCUGCUAAUGUUCCGCCAGCCGAUGUUCCAGCUGCUAAUGUUCCGGCAGCCGGUGUUCCAGCUGCUAAUGUUCCAGCAGCCGAUGUUCCGGCAGCCGAUGUUCCAGCUGCUAAUGUUCCGCCAGCCGAUGUUCCAGCUGCUAAUGUUCCAGCAGCCGAUGUUCCGCCAGCCGAUGUUCCAGCUGCUAAUGUUCCGGCAGCCGAUGUUCCAGCUGCUAAUGUUCCGGCAGCCGAUGUUCCAGCUGCUAAUGUUCCGGCAGCCGAUGUUCCAGCUGCUAAUGUUCCGGCAGCCGAUGUUCCAGCUGCUAAUGUUCCGCCAGCCGAUGUUCCAGCUGCUAAUGUUCCAGCAGCCGAUGUUCCGCCAGCCGAUGUUCCAGCUGCUAAUGUUCCGCCAGCCGAUGUUCCAGCUGCUAAUGUUCCGGCAGCCGGUGUUCCAGCUGCUAAUGUUCUGGCAGCCGAUGUUCCAGCUGCUAAUGUUCCGGCAGCCGAUGUUCCAGCUGCUAAUGUUCCGGCAGCCGGUGUUCCAGCUGCUAAUGUUCCGGCAGCCGAUGUUCCGCCAGCCGAUGUUCCAGCUGCUAAUGUUCCGCCAGCCGAUGUUCCAGCUGCUAAUGUUCCAGCUGCUGAUGUUCCAGCUGCUAAUGUUCCAGCUACUGAUGUUCCAGCUGCUAAUGUUCCGCCAGCCGAUGUUCCAGCUGCUAAUGUUCCAGCUGCUAAUGUUCCGCCAGCCGAUGUUCCAGCUGCUAAUGUUCCAGCUGCUAAUGUUCCGCCAGCCGAUGUUCCAGCUGCUAAUGUUCCAGCUGCUGAUGUUCCAGCUGCUAAUGUUCCAGCAGCCGGUGUUCCAGCUGCUAAUGUUCCGGCAGCCGAUGUUCUAGAUGUUGGCGUUCCAGCUGUCGAGGUUCCUGCUGCUGUUCCAGCCCCCGAAGUUCCAGCGGGAAGUGUUCCAGCUGAAGCGUUCCAGCUGACGAUUUGCACUUCUAUUUACAACUGCAGUUCCCCCUGUGGCCCGUUGCCGCUAUUUAUUAUACCUUCAGCAGCUGCUGAUGUUCCAGCUGUCGAUGUUACAGCUGUUGAUGUUUCAGCUGUUGUUAUUCCACCUGCUGACGUGCUAGCUGCUGAUAUUCUAGCCCCUUUUGGCAGGGGAAAGCUUCAGCUUUAG